GCGCCGCCCGGGCAGGCGGGACCAGUGUGUCUGGGACGGGGGGAACGGAGCGGGCAUGGCCGUGGGGUGCGGGGUGCUGCUGCUGCUGCUGGGGUCACUGCUGGGGACCGGCCGGAGCCGGGAGCUCAGCUCGGAGGAGGAGAGACAGGCCCUGAUGCUGAAGCACCUGCAGGAAGUGCUGCAGCUGCCAGAGGAGGAGGGUGAGGGCCCCCCCGAGAUGACGCUGACGGAGCUGGCCCCCGAGGGGGGCGAGGGAGAGGAGGAGGGGGAAGAUGGGGAGGGGGCACCCGUCGAGGGGGACGUUGAGCCCACCCAGCCAGCCCCGACCACAGCUGCCCCUCAGCCCGAGGAGGACGGAUUCACUUACGUGUUCUCGCGGCUGGACAGCCUGGACGCGGCCGUGCACCGGCUCAACGUGCAGUUCUACACCAUGGACCUGCGCCUGGCCCAGUUCUCGCAGGGCCUGGCCGAGCUGCGCGGGCGCCUGGCCGAGGCCCAGGAGGGGCUGAGCCUCGUCAGCCAGACCAGCACCCGCAACCAGCAGGACCUCGGCAAGAUCGACGGCUGCCUGCGGGGCCGGAGGCUCCACGCCAAAUGCUUCCUGAUCGUGAAGCAGUUCGAGGGCUACGAUGGGGCGCAGGAGCUGUGCCGGCUGCGGGGCGGGAACCUGGCCAUGCCGGCCGACGCCGCCGAACUGGCCACCCUGCGCCGCUACCUGCACGAGGCCUUCCAGCCCUUCAACUGGCCGGCCUGGGUGGGCAUCCACGACCGGCGGGCCGAGGGCCUGUGGCUGUACGAGAGCGGCCAGCGCGUCUCCUUCUUCGACUGGUACCAGGACCACCUGGUGAGCCAGCCCAACGGGGGCGCCCGGGAGAACUGCGUCUCCCUCUCCUCCGACGACGGCAAGUGGUGGGACAACGACUGCGCCCGGCGCAUGUACUACGUCUGCGAGUACCGGCUCUAGGGGAGGGGGCGCGGACGGGACUGGC